UAAUUUGCAUAUACAGCGCCACCUAUCGAUUUUUCUAAGUCGGAAGCAGAAUUUGUAGUUGAAGUUGCUUUCACUUUGCAAUAAUUGUGACAAUGAAAAAGGCAAAGAGGAGUCCGACGAAACAAGAGAUGAACAUUGAAGAAAACAAAGAAACAAAGCUACUCCAAAAGUCUACAAAGAAAUCCAAGAUGAAGUAUGACAGGACCAAUCUGUUGAGAGCGUUUGAAGCUACCAAGAUGGGCAUGUCAGUUUACAGAGCUUCGAGGGAAUACAAUAUACCUGAAUCAACUCUUCGUGACAGGUCAAGAGGACUGGUACCUAUAGAUGCCAAAGUUGGUUUUAAGCCCAUAUUUUCUUCAGAUGAGGAACAGAGACUUGUUGAGCAUAUUUCCUACAUGGCUAACAUUGGAUAUGGAUAUAAUGCAUCCAAGAUAAAAUUCAUGGCAAGGGAAUAUGCUAUUAACAUUGGUAAAUCUGUGAAAUCUACACAACAUCUCAGUGAUAAUUGGUUUUAUGAUUUUCUUAAGAGAUGGCCAAAGUUGGAUGUAGCAAAAGCACAGAAACCUAGCAUUUCAAGAGAAACCGUAGAAAAUUACUGUGCUGAACUUGAGACUAUCUUAAAUGAAAAUAACUUAUUUGACAAACCUGAGCGUAUUUUUAUGAUAGAUGAAAAUAUUAUUUCAACAGAACACAGAUCUCCAAAUGCUGUAUGUAGUCCAGACACCAAUUUACAGGACGAAUCAUCAUCACAAUCAUCUUUAGUUACAAUUAUUGCUGGCGGAAAUGCUAUAGGUAAUUGUAUACCUCCGUAUUAUGUAUUUCCUGGGAAACGCUGGAACCCUGAAUUUCUUCGGAAUACAAGUGUCGGAUCAUCGGGAGAAAUGACCAAGAAUGGUUUGACAAAUACAGAAGUGAUUCAGAACUAUGUUACUAAACAUUUUGUGAAUUAUGCCAAUUUGUCACCAGAUAAACCAGCCUUACUUCUUUAUGAUGGACAUAAAUCUCAUAUCAAACUCACAUGUACUCAGUGGGUCAGCAAAAAUAAUGUUAUAAUAUUUGUUCUGCCACCUCAUACUAGUCUGGUUACUCAACCUAUGGAUAAUUCAGUUUUUGCUCCAUUUAAGAGAAUGUACUGUAUGGUGAGUCAUGCCUACAUGGAACAAAACCCUGGACGUAAUAUUUCUAUGUACAGUGUGGCAGAAUUAACAGCUUAUCCAUACACUAAAGCAGUUUCUACUGAAAAUCUACAAUCGGCCUUCAGGAAUGCUGGUAUAUUCCCUCUUGACAAAACAACAAUUGCCAAGUGCUGCAGCCCAGAUUUCAGAGAUUCUUCUACACCUGCUGUGACACAGUCUGACGGGUCUGAAUUAAAUGUAGGCGCUCAAGACCCAGAUACCAAUAAUAUGUUACCAAAUAACAUAUGUGAACUGGAAGAAAUGAAGGAAUGUUUCCAGGUUGGGGCAGCGAUUUCUAACAAAAAUACCAAUGAAUAUAAAGAUACUUCUGAACCACAAGCAGAAAAUACAACAAAUUGUAAAAUAAAUAAGGGUAUCAUAACUCAAAGAUCAUUAGCUAUCAAAAUUAUUGAUGAACAUGGGAUCAUACUUGUUCCUGAAAUGGGAGCCUUCAUGGUGAGAGGCAACAAUGACAAAAAAUAUGUGGUUACAGUUUUUCCUGAAGAGACAUGUUCAUGUCCAGCAACAUCAAGAUGUUGUCAUAUUGUAGCCGCAAUGAUGGCUAUAGGAAUGCCAGUUCCAGGUGGUAGGAAAAGUUGAUGCAAUGUUUAAGACACUAACCACUGAACCAUUUUGAAAGAAACUGAAAACAUUUAAAGAAGUGAUAUGAAAAAGGGGAUUAUAGAUACCAAUUAUGAUAUAAUAUUUUAUGUUUAAUCCUGUCGACAAAUUUUUAUUUUUUUAUUAUUUUUUUUAAA